CUGCCCCGGGGCAGACACAUCGCUGAAGGCAAUCGCCCGCGGCUUCCACUCCAGCUUCACGCAGUUCCAUCGAGGUCCCCAACUCCAGUUCCAUCCCGUCUUCUGUCUCGCGGUCCAAUCCCACCGCCUUGUAACGACAAAAACAAUCAUCGCUCAUCAUUCUGUCUUGUCGCUACCAUCGUGUCUGAAGCGCUGGCCCGCGCUCCGAUUACAUCCACCCUUGACCCCAUUGUUUUAUGAGAACGGCAUAAAUCAUACAGAGGCUCCCCGAGCUUCUGAUUCCCAGAAUUCGCAAUGUCGUCAGCAAGCAAAGCAUCCCGUCUGGGGGAAGAGAUCUGGAAGACGAGGAUUGAAAAAGUUAACGCCGAACUAGUCGUCCUCACCUACGGAACCAUAGUGGCGCAGAUAUGCAAGGACUUUGAGAGCGACUAUGCCGAAGUCAACAAGCAGCUGGAUAGAAUGGGGUACAACAUUGGUCUCCGUCUGAUCGAGGACUACCUGGCCAAGUCCAACACAAUGCGCCGGUGCUCCAACUUUCGCGAAACCGCAGAGAUGAUCGCCAAGGUGGGCUUCAAGAUCUUCCUCAACGUCACCCCGACAAUUACAAACUGGACAGGCGACAACAAGCAGUUCUCCCUUGUUUUCGACGAGAACCCCCUUGCCGAUUUUGUCGAACUGCCCGAUGACGGCCGGGCUCAAGACCAGCUCUGGUUCUCAAAUAUCCUAUGUGGUGUGCUACGCGGUGCUCUCGAGAUGGUACAAAUGCAAGUCGAGACCCACUUCAUCAGCGACGUGCUCAGGGGCCACGAUACGACCGAGAUGCGCGUCACGCUCGUACGCUACAUCGACGAUGAACUUCCUCCCGAGGACGACUAGGAGAGCGUACAAUCGAAUGACCAUUAGGAGUUGGUCCAUGAGGAUGCGAGCACCGAAGUAGCCGACACUCGCCAAGUCUCGCCCGAAAGCGUUGACACGGCCACGCCAGACGAGGUGACGGCAGAGGCUCUUUUGGCUUUCCUGACAGACAUCAGCGCCAAAAAAGGCGACGGGA